UGUGGCGGCCGCGGCGAUCGCGUCUGCUCUUUAGCUCUGAGUCCCGCUGUAGCUCCUGGAAUCGCCCGGCGCGUCCGAUCCGUGCAUUUCCCGCAGCAGGUCUCCUGCCCGCGCCUGGCCUCAGCAGCCUCUCACCAGCGCCCGACACCCACGUUGGUGCCUCCAGCCUGCCGGUCCGCACCACUCGCUGCCUUUGCUUCUCCACACAUGGCCUCCUCCGCGCAGAGCGGCGGCCCUUCUGGGGGACCCGCGGUCCCCACCGUGCAGCGGGGCAUCGUCAAGAUGGUUCUCUCCGGGUGUGCCAUCAUUGUCCGAGGGCAGCCACGUGGUGGGCCUCCUCCUGAGAGGCAGAUCAACCUCAGCAAUAUUCGUGCUGGAAACCUUGCCCGGCGGGCAGCUGCCACGCAACCUGAUGGAAAAGAUACCCCUGAUGAGCCCUGGGCUUUCCCUGCUCGAGAGUUUCUGCGGAAGAAGCUGAUUGGCAAGGAAGUCUGUUUCACGAUAGAAAACAAGACUCAACAGGGGCGAGAGUACGGCCUGAUCUACCUUGGAAAAGAUACUAACGGGGAAAACAUCGCAGAGUCGCUGGUUGCAGAUGGCUUGGCCGCCCGCAGAGAAGGUGUGAGAGCUAACACUCCAGAGCAGAACCGGCUUGCAGAAUGUGAGGAACAAGCAAAGGCGGCUAAGAAAGGGAUGUGGAGUGAGGGGAACGGCUCCCACACCAUCCGAGACCUCAAGUACACCAUUGAGAACCCCAGGCACUUUGUGGACUCCCACCAUCAGAAGCCUGUCAACGCUAUCAUCGAGCACGUGCGGGAUGGCAGCGUGGUGAGGGCCCUGCUCCUCCCAGAUUACUACCUGGUUACGGUCAUGCUGUCGGGGAUCAAGUGCCCAACGUUUCGGCGGGAAGCGGAUGGCAGUGAGACGCCGGAGCCCUUUGCGGCAGAAGCCAAAUUCUUCACCGAGUCACGAUUGCUUCAGAGAGACGUUCAGAUCAUUCUGGAGAGCUGCCACAACCAGAACAUUCUGGGCACCAUCCUCCAUCCGAACGGGAACAUCACGGAGCUCCUCCUGAAGGAAGGGUUUGCCCGUUGUGUGGAUUGGUCGAUUGCAGUCUACACUCGCGGUGCGGAGAAGCUGAGGGCCGCCGAGAGGUUUGCCAAGGAGCGCAGGCUGAGAAUAUGGAGAGACUAUGUAGCUCCCACUGCUAAUUUGGACCAAAAGGACAAGCAGUUUGUUGCCAAGGUGAUGCAGGUUCUGAAUGCGGAUGCCAUUGUUGUGAAGCUCAACUCCGGAGACUACAAGACUAUCCAUCUGUCAAGCAUCCGACCCCCACGGCUGGAGGGGGAGAACACACAGGAUAAAAACAAGAAACUGCGUCCUCUGUAUGAUAUUCCUUAUAUGUUUGAGGCCCGGGAAUUUCUUCGAAAAAAGCUUAUUGGGAAGAAGGUCAACGUGACAGUGGACUACAUUAGACCAGCCAGCCCUGCCACAGAGACCAUACCUGCCUUUUCAGAGCGCACCUGUGCCACUGUCACCAUUGGAGGGAUCAACAUCGCCGAGGCCCUUGUCAGCAAAGGUCUAGCAACAGUGAUCAGAUACCGGCAGGACGACGACCAGAGGUCCUCACACUACGACGAGCUGCUCGCAGCAGAGGCCAGAGCUAUUAAGAAUGGCAAAGGAUUGCACAGCAAGAAGGAAGUGCCUAUCCACCGUGUUGCAGACAUAUCUGGGGACACCCAAAAGGCCAAGCAGUUCCUGCCCUUCCUGCAGCGAGCAGGCCGCUCUGAGGCUGUGGUGGAGUACGUGUUCAGCGGUUCUCGGCUCAAACUCUACUUGCCAAAGGAAACUUGCCUUAUCACCUUCUUGCUUGCGGGCAUCGAAUGCCCCAGGGGAGCCCGAAACCUCCCAGGCCUUGUGCAAGAAGGAGAGCCCUUCAGUGAAGAAGCCACACUUUUCACCAAGGAACUGGUGCUGCAGCGAGAGGUGGAAGUGGAGGUGGAGAGCAUGGACAAGGCUGGCAACUUCAUCGGCUGGCUGCACAUGGACGGCGCCAACUUGUCCGUCUUGCUGGUGGAGCACGCGCUCUCCAAGGUCCACUUCACCGCUGAGCGCAGCUCCUACUACAAGUCCCUGCUGUCUGCCGAGGAGGCCGCCAAACAGAAGAAAGAGAAGGUCUGGGCACACUAUGAAGAGCAGCCCGUGGAGGAGGUGAUGCCCGUGCUGGAGGAGAAGGAGCGAUCUGCCAGCUACAAGCCCGUGUUUGUCACGGAAAUCACUGACGACCUGCACUUCUACGUGCAGGACGUGGAGACGGGCACCCAGCUGGAGAAGCUGAUGGAGAACAUGCGCAACGACAUCACCAGCCACCCCCCUGUGGAGGGCUCCUAUGCCCCCCGCCGGGGAGAUUUCUGCAUUGCCAAAUUUGUUGAUGGAGAAUGGUACCGCGCCCGAGUGGAGAAAGUCGAGUCUCCUACCAAAGUCCACGUCUUCUACAUUGACUACGGCAACAGAGAGAUCCUGCCACCCUCCCGUCUGGGGACCCUGCCGCCGGCCUUCAGCACCCGCGCGCUGCCAGCUCAAGCCACAGAGUACGCCUUUGCCUUCAUCCAGGUGCCCCAAGAUGAGGACGCGCGCACAGACGCCGUGGACAGCGUGGUUCGGGACAUCCAGAACACUCAGUGCCUGCUCAACGUGGAGCACCUGAGUGCUGGCUGCCCCCACGUCACCCUGCAAUUCGCCGACUCCAAGGGCGACGUGGGCCUGGGCCUGGUGAAGGAGGGGCUGGUCAUGGUGGAAGUGCGCAAGGAGAAGCAGUUCCAGAAAGUGAUCACAGAAUACCUAAACGCCCAGGAGUCGGCCAAGAGCGCCCGGCUGAACCUGUGGCGCUAUGGAGACUUCCGAGCCGACGACGCCGAUGAGUUUGGCUACAGCCGCUGAGGAGGGGGUCGCGUCCGGCCCCCAGCCCUGCUCGCGCCAGUACCUCUUCCUGUGCCGGGAGGGGAUUGCAACUGCAGACCCCAGGGGCGGGGGCAUAGAUUGGGUCUAGCUUUGCUUCUUCUACUGUGGCAUCAGGACUGACGGGGGUGGGGAGGGGCCCGGCUCUCUGGGGACAGGCCCUCGUCCUCUGGAAUGACAGGUACCAUCAUGCUCAGCCUCUCCCAGUUGAUUUUCUAUUUUUAUUUGGGGGUUUGUGGUUUUUUUGAAAAAAAAAUGUCCUCAAAUCAGGAAGAGACCUGCAGGACUUGGUCCUGGUGGCGUGUGCAGUCCCGUCCCUGCCUCUGUCCCAGCCGCCCUUCUUCCUCAGCUCUGUCAACGCUGAUUUUGUGACUUCUCUGAUACAUAUCCCUUCUCAGAUGUCGGCGUGUCCACACCCACUCCCUCAGCAGCCCGUUCUGUAUUUAAAGCUUUCAAGGCCCAAUAAAGUAGUACAUGCUGUGUGCA